UCAGGAGAACUUAUGAGAGAGGGGGGUGAGUCAUUAUCCAUCUUUGGAGGCCGGGCCUCACAGGUUAGACAUGAGGGGAUCUCCAGCUAAUCUGAUCGGGCCCGUUCGAUAAGUCAGUCCUCUCUUCCGUUUAUUUUUUUUUUAUUAUUACUAUUCUUUCCUUUAUUCUGCUACGUGCCAUUCUCCAAGUCCAAAUGAAUUGUCGCUCCGGCUAGGAGUUCUACCUUCUACUCUGUGUGAUUUACAGAUUGUUUCUUUCAUCUGAACUAUCUAUAUCCGGUAUUGAGACACGUGCGCAGACAGCGGGAAGAGAGAGAAGGGAGAGAAAAGGUGUUUUGUUUGAGAGUGUGAGGAAGGGCAAGAGGAGUGUUCGUCCAAACGUGAGGAGAGAGCGGACCCCUCUUCAGAGAUCUACUAACACCCCUUCCUCCGGCAUGGCGGACAUCACAUUUGCCCAAUGGCAGGCCAUGCUGGACGCAGCGGACGAGAACGAGAAACCGUUCUUGCAAAAGCUUUAUGACGAUGCCGUGCAGAGGGAGAGAGAGGCAGAGGCAGCAGCCAGAGCCACAAGCAUUGCUGAUCACGUGGCCCUCCUGCAGGUCCCGGAAGCUAAUGCUGACCGGAUCCAAGAAAGGUUAGCUGCUGUCGUAGCAGCCUUGGUUCGACUGCGGACCUUGGAAGACCUUGAGUCCCGUGUGACAGCACUGGAGCAGCGGAACCAAGAGCUGCAGGCUGAGAUACUCAGCCUUAAACAGUCCCAAUUGUUUGCCCCUUGUCCUCCUAACCCUCGACCUGCUGCAGUCCCAGUCUCUCAAUCUAGCAUAGUCCUCACGACAAAAGCAAGUGGAACUGUGAUGCGCGCAGGAACCGGUGCCAGCUCCUCAAGCGAUAGCGCCGACAGUUCUGCACUAGUCAUAGUCCCAAAUGCAGGGACAUCAGUCCAAAACGCCACAGUUCUUACUGGCGUGCAGUACAGCGGUCCCAUAGUGGACAAGCUGGCGGCCACUUUGCCAUCCAAGUACGACGGGAAAGGGGACAUCACCUCUUGGAUUAGCUCCAUGCGCUCAUACUUUGAGGUACUGCGAACACUGCAAAAAAACCGAAGCAUGAUCAUGGGCACUAAUACCGAGCCUGCCGUACGGAAUUUCAUUGAGCUCCAAGCUGUUACAGCAGGUUAUGAGAGAAUUGACCUGACUGAGUGGAUGAAAGUAACUCCCGUACGCACUCUUGAGGACAUUCUCAUCACACGGUACCAAGAUAAGCACGCUGCGCUCAAGGCAAGACUGAAGCUUGAGGCCCUCAAGUGCCAAACAUGGAGGACCUCCAUGCAGGCUUUGGAACAACACUUGACUGGUCUGUUCACCACUCCAGACCUGGGAGUGACCGACGUGUCUUGCAUGGAUGUAGUCAUGGGAGUGGCCCCUAAAGAAUACCUCUCCCUGCUAGGACUCAAAGACCAUACCACUUGGCGAGAGCUCAUGACGGAUCUAGUCAACCUAGAGGCCAAGGACCUCGCCAGGCGUAAAAAGGCACCCGCUGCAGGUGGAAAAUCACAACGCAAGCGGUAUGGAAGCAGCAACCAGCUUGCCCUGCAUGAACAUCGGGAGGCUGAAGAUCAGUCCUACGCGGAUGAUCUGUCUCUAGAUGACGAUCUAGAGCCGGACUCCGAUACGGGUUGUUCUACAUCAGUCGUUGAGUCUGACGUGAACGAAGAUGAGAAACUUAAUGCUUUCAAAAAGACUGCUUCAAGUGGGUGCAAGGUCUUCUCCAAGAUCGACCUCAAGUCUGGCUACCACCAGAUUGAAGUAGAUCCGAGUGACAAGCACAAAACUGUAUUCAAAACACGCGAUGGGUUGUACGAAUUCAUCGUUAUGCCUUUCGGUCUGACGAAUGCACCAGCCACAUUUCAGUGCCUCAUGGACAAGGUUCUCCGCCAUCAGCUGAACAGGUUUGUUGUUGUUUAUCUCGAUGACAUUCUGAUUUUCAGCAAGUCCAUGAAAGAGCACGUCAAGCACCUUGAGGAGGUUUUGCAGGUCCUCAAGGAGGCGCAACUCCACCUCAACUUAGAGAAAUCUGAGUUUGGAAGGGAUAGCGUCAUCUAUCUUGGGCACGGGUUGUCUGCAGACGACCUUGAGCCGGAGGCAACCAAGGUUGAGGUCAUCCGAAAGUGGCCUUAACCAGCGAACGUACGCGAACUGCGUUCUUUUCUUGGUUUGGCCUCAUAUUGCCGGAAGUUUGUGCCCAAAUUU